AUGGCUGAACGUGUAACGCCGCUGCCAUCAUUUGGGUCGACUGAGGCACACAACGCCCUUGUUGGAAGCCAGUUCUCAGGCCAGACCAACAUCACUUUUCAAGUGAGACAUGACUGUCUUCGCUCACUGGCGUUCCGUGAGAUCAACGCUCGUCGGCAUGAUAUCACGCAUGCCCACCAGGACACCUGCGACUGGUUGUUUGACACGCUCGAGUUCCGGCAAUGGAUGGACCCUACAUGCCUACAAGACCACAAUGGGGUGUUCUGGAUCAAGGGCAAGCCGGGCGCGGGCAAGUCGACGCUGAUGAAGCACGCGUUUCAUCAUUUUCACAAGCCCGGCGUCAGAAAUUACCAUCUGGUAGCAUACUUUUUCAACGCUCGAGGCGAAAAGCUUGAGAAAGCGCCCCUAGGCAUGCUGCGGUCCAUGGUCCAUCAGCUCCUCCGGACAGACGAUGCGCUAUACGCACAUUUCCACCAGAACUUUAUUCCAGAAGGCCUGGAAAUAUCAGACUAUCAAUGGAGGCCAUUAGAAUUACAAGAAUUCGUUCGCUGGGCUGUCACGCAGCGCCUCUCGACGCCAUUCCUUCUUCUCGUCGACGCACUAGACGAAUGUAACGAGCCCGAUGCUCGCCAUGUCGUUGAAUUCCUCGAGUCGCUGAGGAUUCUCGCCUGCCAGUAUAGGACUCAGCUGAAGAUAUGCCUCUCGAGUCGGCAUUACCCUAGCAUCACAAUGCGCAAGGCUGUUGAGUUGAAGGUUGAGCAUAGCAAAGACCACGAAAGAGAUAUUUCCAAAUACAUCAACGAAAGACUGACAGUAAACAAUUUCGACAUCAUAUAUGAGAUUCGAAGGAAAGCUAAUGGUAUCUUCAUAUGGGUCGCUAUUAUUGCGUCUGUGGUCAACAAGGCGUACGACGAGGGCCAAGUUGAAGCCAUGGGGAGGACUUUGGAGGAAGUCCCGGCCGAUCUCGACGCAAUGUUCUCUGCCAUUUUGGGAAAGGACAUUUCGAAUUCAGCCGAGACAGUCCGCAUGUUACAAUGGGUGCUCCUCGGCCUGCGUCCGCUUACGCCCCAAGAACUCUUCGUCGCUGUAGUGGAAACAGCUCCUCCCGCAAGCGACAUAAUACAGCGACGGAUUACCACCUCGUCAAAAGGCCUUGUUGAAAUACGAAGAGAUUAUCAUACCAAUUCUGUCCAGUUUAUCCAUUUAUCGGUCAGAGGAUUCCUGUUUCGAUACAAGAAGCUACAGAUGUUAGACCCAACAUUAGGACCUGAGCCAUUUGCGACCAUCCACGGUCGACUCUGGGCUCGCUGCAGGUCUAGUAUCAAGGAGGCUGUUACUACAUCAACUCCUCGGGAGCACAUUUUGUGGUGA